CGCUUAUUUUGUUAGCAAGUAGGACGAAAUCAUGGCUAGUCUGGCAAGAAAACUAGGGAAGAUAAACUAUAAAAGCUCGGCGCUUUUCCUGUGUGACAUGCAAGAGAAGUUCCGCGGAAACAUUCAGUAUUAUCCCCAGAUUCUUACAGUGGCCAACAAGAUGCUCCAGGGAGCUCAGGCUUUGGACAUGCCAGUAAUAGUCACGGAACAAUAUCCAAAAGGUCUUGGCCCAACUGUGUCAGAACUCGAUGUCAGUCAGUUGAAAGUUUACCCGAAGACACAGUUUUCAAUGUUGAUACCAGAUGUUGUAGAUCGACUAUCAGCUAUGAAGGAGACAAAGUCUGUCAUUAUUUGCGGUAUUGAGACCCAAAUCUGCGUCCAGAACACUGUUCUCGAUCUCCUAGAGAAAAAUUAUGACGUCCAUUUGAUUGCUGAUGCUUGCUCCUCAAGAACUAUGGUUGACAGGAUGUUUGCGUUCCAGAGGAUGAAGGAGGCUGGAGCAUUCCUGACUACGAGUGAAAGUAUGCUUUUUUCUCUGUGUAAUGAUGCAGCACAUCCAAACUUCAAACCGAUACAGAAGCUGAUCUGGGAUUCGGCACCAGACAGUGGCCUCCUCAGCACAUCUAUCAAGGGCGAGACAGCAGUCUAAGGGCAGUUGGGUAGGGGAGACAUGUGACAGAUGACAUUCUAGGGAUAUUGGGGAAAGUCAAACAAGUGACUUAUUUUAUCAGAAUUUUUAAAUGGUAAUGGUAAAUAUAUCUAGUCUAUGAUAAAGUGCUAAAAAUUAAACUGGAUAAACUCUGGAUCUUGAACUCAAUAAUAACAGUGAUGUGAUUGAUGUUAAAUGAUUAUUCUCAGAUAAAUAUGUUGUGAUUUUAAUCAAUAAUCUGAGAUUUAAAAUCAACAGAAUCACUGUAAAAUUUUAAAUGACUUUAAUUAAUACAAUUUUUAAUCAGCCUGAUGUUGUUAAUUAAGGUCUCCCUAUGAUUUGGGAAAAAAAAGGUUAAUCAUACAUAAUCUUAUGAUGUUGAGCAAGAUGGAUGCUGUCAGUGAUGGCCUUUGAAAUCAUGUUCAGGUGUUUGACAUACAAAACUAUCAGAAUUGUGGCUAUAGCCUUGUUCCGUGUUCAUGAUCAUAUUGAGAACCAGAUUCAGGCUAUGCGGAAAUUUUGCAAACAUGUAUUAUUAGUGACUUCAGAGAUACAAAUUAAUUAUUCUACUGAUUAUAAAUCGUUGCAAUUACCAAUAUGUUUUUGGUAACAUUGUAACAUCAUAUCUAGAUUUACUGUAGAAAUGAACAGUGACUUGGCACAACGGUCCAUAUAUAAUAUAUAUAUUUGAUGUAUCAUAUGUGAACCAUUGGUUGGAAAUAUAUGACAGGUCCCUGUGGUCUUGAAUAGCUAGUGACAAUGUAUGCUACAAAUAUAAAUGUUGCAUUUAAAAUGAUGUUAUUUAGCAAGGACUGGAUUUUAAUUUAUCUAUUGCAGUGUGUUUACAUAAUUAUAUAUAUGUAAAAAUUUAACAUUUUUGUAUGAUUUGUUUACUAUUUUUGAAAUCAUAAAUAAAUAAUCAGUUUAUAAAA